AUACUCUGUCUGGUCUACCGUGUCAAACCAAUAUCGUUAAUAGGCACCAUUUCUCACUUCUAAUUUGUCACUCUUCCACUCAAAUUUGGCAAAAAGAAAAAAAGCUAAGAGAGGGCAAGUCAUGGCUACUCUUAGAAUUCCAAGAAAGUACCAACCUUUGUACAUUUUAUUUCAGUUGUUUCUCUUAAUACAAAGCCAAUUGGUGUUGUGUUAUCAGUACAAAGUUGGAGAUUUAAAUGCUUGGAAUAUACCUUCUUCUGCAAAUCGAGAUGUCUAUGUCAAAUGGUCCAAGAAUCACCUCUUCAAGCUUGGAGAUUCACUCUUGUUUUUGUAUCCACCAAGUGAAGAUUCAGUAAUACAAGUGACAAAACAAAACUACAAUAGUUGCAACCUUAAAAAUCCAAUCUUGUAUAUGAACAAUGGCAAUUCUCUGUUCAACAUUACAAGACCUGGAGAAUUUUACUUCACAAGUGGAGCAGAAGGGCAUUGUGAGAAGUUGCAGAAACUUCACAUUUCAAUAGGAGGAGAAAAUGGAACAACUUAUGAAGAUGUAGAUUCACCUGCUUUUGCACCAUCUGCAUCUUCACCUUCUUAUCCUAAUGUUUUUGGUUCAAUUCCUGUCCAAUCUGCUAAUUCAAACUCUUCUUCGUCUUCUGGGAAACUGCAAAUGUCUAUGUUUGCUUUUGUUGGAUUGUUGUUUCUAGGAAGCACCAUUCUUUAGAGAAAUAUUAAACAAAUGCAUCUGGUUUUUGGAGAUUGUACUCAUAUGUUCUUUUGUUUGUUUGUUUGUAUUGAGGCAUUAUUUUUUACUAAGCAUGUCGUUAAAUUUGUGAAGAGUUUCUUGGUGGAACUUAUUGAGUUUGAGCAAAAUUAUUUUCUUAUAAAAUACUACUAGUCAAUAUCA